AUGUUCAAUAAUAUUAGUAACCGAACAUUUUCUAUCAUUCGUCAUUGUUUAAGACCAUCAUUAUCUAUUCAAAUACAAAAUGCAUCAACAAAAGUUCGAUUUAAUUAUGAAGAUGCAUUUGAUCUCGAAUCUCAACUCACUGAUGAUGAACGAGCUGUACGUGAUCAAUUUCGUGAUUAUUGUCAAAAGAAAUUAAUGCCAAGAAUUAUCGAAGCAAACAGAAAAGAGAUUUUUCAUCCGGAAAUAAUGCGUGAAUUAGGUGAACUUGGUGUUCUUGGACCCACUAUUCACGGUUAUGGUUGUGCUGGUAUUUCUUAUGUUGGUUAUGGUUUAUUAGCUAGAGAAAUUGAACGUGUCGAUAGUGGUUAUCGUUCUGCAUUUAGUGUUCAAUCAUCACUAGUUAUGUUUCCAAUUAAUGAGUAUGGAACUGAAGAACAAAAAGAUAAAUAUUUACCAAAACUAGCUACCGGUGAAUUAAUUGGCUGUUUUGGUUUAACUGAACCAAAUCAUGGUUCUGAUCCCGGUUCUAUGCAAACAACAGCACGAUGGGAUGAAAAACAACAAGUUUAUAUACUGAAUGGCACUAAAUCAUGGAUUACUAAUUCUCCUAUAGCUGAUGUUGCUGUUGUUUGGGCAAAAUGUGAUGAUAAACAAAUUCGUGGAUUCAUAUUAGAAAGAUCCAUGAAAGGUUUUUCAACACCAAAAAUCGAAGGAAAAUUUUCAUUACGUGCUUCAAUUACUGGACAAAUUGCUAUGGAUGAUGUUCAUGUACCAAAAGCAAAUUUAUUACCAAAAGUUCAGGGUUUAAAAGGUCCAUUCGGUUGUUUGAAUAAUGCUCGAUAUGGUAUUGGAUGGGGAGCAUUAGGUGCUGCUGAAUUUUGUCUUCAUGCUGCUCGCCAAUAUACUGUUGAACGAAAACAAUUUGGUCGACCAUUAGCACAAACUCAAUUAAUUCAAAAGAAAUUUGCUGAUGCAUUAACUGAAAUUACACUUGGUCUUCAAGCAUGUCUCCGUGUUGGUCGAUUGAAAGAUGAGAAUCGGGCAGCACCUGAAAUGAUAUCAUUAAUUAAACGAAAUUCAUGUGGUAAAUCACUUGACAUAGCACGUCAAUGUCGUGAUAUUCUUGGUGGUAAUGGAAUCUCAGAUGAAUAUCAUAUUAUUCGACAUGUCUUAAAUUUGGAAGCUGUCAAUACAUAUGAAGGAACACAUGAUAUUCAUGCAUUGAUACUUGGACGAGCUAUAACCGGUUUACAAACUUUUAGUUAA